AUGGCAACACCAGAUCCUUAAUCCACUGAGCAAGGCCAGGGAUUGACCCCAUAUCCUCCUGGAUACUAGUCAGGCUUGUAAUCUGCUGAGCCACAACAGGAGCUUCUCUUUUCUUUCAACAAAAUCUUUUAUUGGCAAAGCUUGGGAAAACUGGCAGGAUUGUCUGGUGAAGAAACUUCCCCAAGUCUGGCUGUGAUUUCAACUGAAGUCAAACUGCUCAGAUGCAUGCUUUGUUGGCUCCAGGAUUAUGUUAUGAUAUAGAUUUCUCCAGGUGAAACCAUUGCUUUAUAACCCUCUUGACAAGCCCACUAACAGGGGCUUGUGAAAAAUCAUGUGAACCCCUUUAGAUAUGCAAGAUUCUGUGUUUGGGGCAACUUAGUAAAGGGAGGAGCUUCCUAGGUACUUACUGUGUUUCGCAUUAAUCUUCUGCCAAUGAUUUACUUCCUUCAGUGUUGUUGAAUUGGGAGAUUGGGUGGUGAUUUUUCAGAAAGUGUAGCAGGAAAAAACUUGUCAUUGCUAAAAUCGCUGGUAUCAACUAACUGCAAGUUUCUGGCUGGAAGGGAGCAGUCCAGGAGAGAGUAGUAGACAUGCUGAUGAAGCUCCAGCUCUCCCUGUUGAUCGUCCUUCUUGCCUGUGGCUUCCUCUACCAGUUCACCCUGAAGUCCAGCUGCCUCUUUCCCUUCCUGCUUCCCUACAAGUCCCAGCAGGGGCUGGAAGCCCUCCUGGGCCAUGGGCGCAGCAUCGUGUUCCUAGAGACCUCUGAGAGAACAGAGCCAUCACCGCUGGUCUCCUGUGCUGUAGAGUCUGCGGCCAAGGUUUACCCUGAGCAGCCUGUGCUGUUGCUUUUGAAGGGUCUCACCAAUUCCACGCAGCUGCUCUCAAACUCCACGUCCCCAGCCCUUUCCCUCCUCUCAGCCAUAGACAAUGUUUUCCUCUUCCCUUUGGAUAUGAAAAGCUUGUUUGAAGACACACCGUUGUUUUCCUGGUACACUCGAAUCAACAGUAGUGCAGAGAGAAACUGGCUCUACGUCAGCUCAGAUGCAUCCCGCCUGGCCAUCAUCUGGAAGUAUGGCGGUGUCUACAUGGACAGCGAUGUCAUCUCCAUCAGACCCAUCCCUGAAGAGAACUUUCUAGCUGCACAGGAGUCUCAGUUCUCUAGUAACGGGGUGUUUGGAUUCCUUCCCCACCACCCUUUCCUGUGGCAGUGCAUGGAAAACUUUGUGGAAAAUUACAAUUCGGAUAUUUGGGGUCACCAGGGUCCCUACUUGAUGACAAGGAUUUUGAGAGUAUGGUGUAAACUCAGAGACUUCCAGGAGGUGAGCGACCUCAGGUGUAUGAACCUGUCUUUCCUACACCCCCAAAGAUUUUAUCCCAUCUCAUACCCAGCGUGGAAGCGCUACUACGAAGUCUGGGACACAGAGCCGAGCUUCAAUGACUCCUACGCCCUGCAUCUGUGGAACCACAUGAACCGCGAAGGGAGGGCUGUGAUUAGAGGAAGCAAUACACUAGUGGAAAACCUCUACCGUAAGUACUGUCCCAGGACUUACAGGGACCUGCUUCAAGGUCCAGAGGAGUCGGUGACUUGGGAGUGGGAUCCAGGUAACAAAUAGAGGCAACACUGGGUUGCUGCUGCUAUAUUGUGGAACUGGCCACUUCCUGGAGUGCCAGACUUUCGCCUGAUCUCCACUUUCCCCAUGGGUGUGGAGGCUUACCCACGUAUCAGUCACAGUUACAAGUUUCCACAUCAUUUUAUGGAAAAACUAUUAGAACUAAGAAAUGCAUUCAGUAAAGUUACAGAAUCAAUACAUAAAAAUCAGCUGCAUUUCUAACAACUAAUCCUGGAACUAUCAGAAAGAAAACAUUCUUAUUGACAACUGCAUCAAAAAGAACAGAACACCUGGUAAUUAAUUUAACCAAGGGUAUGAAAGAAAACCUGCACAUUGUGAGUUCCCGUCAUGGCUCAGCAGAAAGGAAUCUGACUAGCAUCCAAGAGGACACAGGUUCGAUCCCUGGCCUUGCUCAGUGGGUUAAGAAUCCGGUGUUGCCAUGAGCUGUGGUGUAGGUAGUAGACUCCGCUCAGAUCCCAAGUUGCUGCUACAGCUGCAGUAGUCCAAUUUGACCCCUAGCCUGGGAACCUCCACAUGCCUCGGGUGUGGCCCUAAAAAGACAAAAAAAAAAAAAAAAAAAAAAAAAAAAGGAAAAGAAAACCUGCAAACCUGCAUUGAAAACCUUAGGAUGUUGAUGAAGAAACUGAAGAUACAAUAGAAAAGUAUCACAUGCUCAUGGACUGGGAGGAUAUAUGGUAAAAAUGUCCACUCUACCCAAAACAAUGUCCACAUUGAAAGCAAUCCUUACCAAAAUUCCAAUGACAUUUUUCAGAGAAAGAGCAAAGCAUCCUAAUAUUUGUGUGGAACAACAAAGGACCAGGAAUAGCCAAAGCAAUCCUCAGAAAAGAGAAUAGGCUGGAGGAUCUCCCUCCCUGACUUCAAACUAUAUUAGGAAGCUACCAUAAUCAAACAAUGGGUGGUCCUGGCACAAAAACAGACACACGGACCAGAGGAGCAGAACAGAGAGCCCAGAAAUAAACUCACACCGAUGUGGUCAGUAAAUUUACGAUAAAAUGGCCAAGAACAUACAACGGGGAAAGGACAGUCCCUGCAAUAAAGGGUGCAGGGAAAACUGGAUACCACACACCAAAGAAUGACACUGGACUUCGGCUACGUGGCCCACAGCACGGACCAAAACUCCAGUUUCCCACAUCAAGCCCUUCCUCUCCUGGGUUGUCUGCUGACAGACCACCCUCCCGCCCAAGUCAAUAGGACACAGGUAGUUUCUCCCCACUUUUCCUCACUUCUCUUCACCUCUCCCUCACCUUUUUUUCUCCCGACUGGCCCCCCUCAGAGGGUCCUGAAGAAACUGCACUCCUGUCCACAUGGUCGCAGACCCGUGUUGUCCUGAAGCUGAAACCGCAGCAGGUCCUAAGGAGACCGAGCACUGACAUCACUGACGUCGCCCUUCAGUGUCCGGAAGCCGAGACCCCAGUAGAGCCCAAGGAGGCGGAGCUUCUGGCAAGGGCACGGGGCUGAAACUUCUCUCGAGCCCGGGGUCAUAGAGGAGGGCUCAGCGCCCCCUGCAGGCAGUGGGGGAAGUGCAGGCUGCGCCUGUCAGGACAGGCUUUCUAUGUGCAAUAGAAAAAUCCCACAGACCAUUGGUGUAUAAAAUAUAGACAUCUAUUUCCUCAUGCCGUAAAAGUAACCUGAAGGCAGGCAACUCAGGGUGCUAUGGUCACUGCGGUCAUCAGGGACCUCAGCUUCUUGUAUCUUUCUUGUAUGCUUGUCAUCUUUAGUAGCUGCAGCCAUGGUCCAUAUGGCGCCUUGAUCUCCAGCCUAUCACUUCUGUAUUUCAGGAGCAGGAUGAAGUUUUAUUUUAUGAAAACUUCCUGCCAGUACCAUACACCUAUUCCCCUUACAUCUCAUUGACCAAAAUGCAGCUGCAAGAGAGGCUGGAACAUUUAAAGAAGAGAAAAUAAAUGUUAGGAUAGGGAGCUAACAGUUUUGCUACAUGUUAAAUUUACUUCUGUGAGAUUAAUUACAAGACCUGUUAGAGAAUUGACUGGGGAAUAAAGAGACUUGAUUUCUAGUCCUGAAUUUGAUAUUCAUUAACACAGUCAAUAAUAUUAAUUGAGCCCCUUCUGUGUGCCAAGCACUGAUUUAGAUGCUGAACAAAGCUGAAUCAGCAGACGAGGUCCUGUCUUAAGUCAGCUGGGCUUCAAUAACAAAUACUAUGCACUGAGUGGCUUAUAAACAACAAGAAUUUGUUUGUCACAAUUCUGGAGGCUGGAAGUCCAAGAUCAGGGUGCCAGCAUGGUUGGGUUCUAGUGAGGAUUCUAUUCUGAGUGGCAGAUGACACCCUUCUUGUUGAAUCCUCAUGUAGUGGAAAAGGCCAAGGGAGCUCUCUGGGGUCGCUUUUGUAGGGGAACUAAUCCCAUCCAAGAGGCUUCCACCCUCAUGACCUAAUUACCUCCCCAAAAGCCCCACUUCCUGAUGCCAUCACUUUGAGGGGUAGGAUUUCAACAUAUGAUUUUUGGGGGGAUACAAUCAUUCAGUCCACUGCAGGUCCCUAGUACUCAGCAUCCUAAUGACUGGUCACGUCCUCCCACACUAUACCCUCCUCCCCUCCCCAGGGGGUCUGCUAUUUCCUACUCUACCCCAGUUGGCUUAUAAAAGCAAAUUACAAAUUUAAUUUUAAAAACUUAUAAUUAGAGUUCAGAGUUCCCAUUGUGGCUCAGCAGUAAUGAACCUGACUAGUAUCCAUGAGGACAUGGAUGGUUUCGAUCCCUGGCCUUGCUCAGUGGGUUAAGGGAUCCAGCGUUGCCGUGAGCUGUGGUGUAGGUCACAGACACAGCUUGUAUCUGAAAUGUUGCUGUGGCUGUGGCAUACGCUGGUGGCUGCAGCUCCAAUUUGACCCCUAGCCUGGGAACUUUCAUAUGCCAAGGGUGGGGCACUAAAAAAGAAAGAAAGAAAGAAAGAAAAAAACUGUUUCCCUUUCUACUGUCACAUAAAAUUUUACCUCUUCUUUCUAGGAAGUAUGAGAAUUAAUAUUUCUUCUACAAAUAUCCAUCAGCCAAGAUUUUCUAGGACUUUCCUUUUGGUUGUUGCUUUAUAGGAAAUGUAUUUUGUUUCUUUCUCCAAGUAUAAAAUUAUGAUGCCUUUUCAGACUCCAUCCACCUAUCCCCUUUCAUUCUGAUAUUUCCUAGUUUGAGAACCCUGCUCUGACUUUUUUAUUAAAAAAAUACUCACAAAUUGGGAGUUCCCGGUAGUUUGGUGAUUAGAACUCAGCGCUUUCCCUGCUGUGGCCGGGGUUCAGUCCCUGGUCUGGGAACUGAGAUCCCACAUCAAGGCGCAGUGGCUAGAAGUAAAUAAAUAAAUAAAAAUAAUAAAAUUUGAUUUCUAACAUUUAAAAACUACUCACAAGUCAUGUCUCCUGCCCAAGUCAUGCCUCCUGCCCCAGCUUUAUUUAUUCCCAGCUACUUGCUCUUUAUUCUUAGGUCCAGUCUGACACCAGAGUGAGACUUUAGGGCUGCUGCUAUUCCCUAUGGCUGCCCGCUGACCUGUGUCCCCAAACCCCUGAUGGUUUUCGGCUCACCUGAGUGUCUCCACAGAUGAGGAUUCCUAGGGCAAGACUUCUGAGGGGAAGCAGAGUCACACCCAAUAAAUCUCAUUUCCAUAGCUGGAGAAUGCAUGACAAAUGGUUCUCCAACUAACAGUUCCAAUCACUGGGGUUUUGAAGGAUAUUUCCAGUACUUCAAAAAAAUAUAUGAACUGUUUUAUGAUGGGACCGCAGAGGUCAACCUGAAGUUACAUUUCUUUAUGUUGGGCUGUAAUUAUAUGAACUCACUGUAGCAAUACUGAUAAUCUGAAGUUUAGAGGGAGUUUUACAUGGCAGUAAAAUUUUUUUAUUAAUAAAAUGUAGAGAAUAAGCUAAUAAUGUAUUAUUUAAUAAAUGCAGUUUGUUUAGUGGAAAGGAAUAUUUCAAAACUCAGUGGUGAUGGAAAAAAUUACAUAGACUAAAAAAUACAUGCUUUUUAAAAAGUACUAGGGAUGUAAUGUACAACAUGAUGCGUAUAGCUAACACUGCUAUGUGAUAUAAAGAAUGUUGUUAAGAGGGUAAAUUCUAUGAGUUCUCAUGACCAGGAGUUUUUUUUCUUUUUUCUUUCUUUUUACUGUAUCUGUAUGAGAAGAUGGAAGUUAGCUGAACCUACUGUGGUUUAUCAUUUCACAAUAUAUGUAAAACAAAUCAUCAUGAUGUAUCCCUUAAACUUAGACAAUGAUGUAUGACAGUUAUUUCUCAAUAAAGCUGGGAAGAAACCAUAGUGGUAAGAGGGAUAUUGGGUAAAGUAAGAGAGUAGUGAGUAGUAAAAAGUAUGGGAUUCCUGGGAUUCCAAAUGACCCUGGAUUCUUUCUGACCUUUGAUGAGUCUAUGCUACUUGUUUAUGUCAUGAUACAUUUCGAAAACAGGCCAUCUGGUGUUUUCCCCUAUGUUAUUUUUUUCAAAUCCCACAGUCAUUCUUAGAAAUUCAAACAAUAAAAUUAUAUGGAGCAAAAAG